AUGGCGGCGGCCUCGACCUCCACUUCGGCGUCCCUGAAGGAGUACCUGAAGAGGUACGAGACCGGAGGGGAGGAGCAGAAGAAAAAGAAGAAGAAGAAGAAGGGCGCAAAAUCUGCUGCUCCCGGAGGCGUUCUCAUCGUCGACGAGGACCCCGUCUGGGCGAAGCCGGUGAUUCCCGACGCAGAAGAGGAGUCCGAAGGUCCUCGUCGAAUGCCUGAUUCUAUUGACUCCCUCAUCACGAUUUCAGAUAGGAUCGUCGGUCGCUAGAUUUUGGGAUUUAAACUCAAUCUUUCUCUGGUUUUCAGCUGAGGAAACUCCGGUGGUCGACGAGGACGUUGAAGUGAAGCGCCUAAGGAGGCUCGAAGAGCUUCGGUCCCGGAAACCCUUCCACAGUAUUUCUGAGGAUGGCAGCGGUUGGAUUUCCGUUUCCAAUGCUCCUAAGCUUUCGAGCUCCGGCGGGGAGGUGCCUGAUUUGUCGCCACCGCGCCAGAGACGUGCCCGUUUCGACACACCGUCACCUGACCGGAGCGAGAUGAAGGUGUCCAGCGCGAGAAGUGAUGACUUAUCUCCUCCGCGGCAGCGCCGGAGGCAUUACGAUAGUCCGUCACCUGAGCCGUUGGCCAAGCCUUCAAUAUCUGGUUCCAAAGGUGUCACGCCUGAUAUGUCCCCGCCUCGUCGCAGAAAACCCGAUGAGGAUAUCUCGCCUCCACGGCGUGGUAUCCGUCCUCCGGUAUCUGAUCUCUCUCCUCUGCGAAGGAGAAAGAACCUACCUGAGGGCUCGUCUCCACCGAGAAGGAAGAAGGAUGCCUCAGAGAACCUAUCUCCACCGAGGAGGAGCAGAAACCGGUCGCCAGAGGUCCCAUCUUCUCUAAGGAGAGUAACGAAGGGCUUACCUGAUGAUCUAUCUCCUCCGAGGAAAGGAAGAAGGGCACCGCAGGAGGAUUUAUCCCCAACGAGGGAUAGAAGGGUCUCACCAGAAGAUCUGUCUCCACCGAGGAGAGAGAAGAAAGGUCUGCGGGAGGAUCUAUCGCCUCCUAGGCGCGCUCAACGUCAUUUGCAGGAAUCAAAGAGGCCUCCGGACUCCACAGAGACUGACCUUUCUCCGCCAAGGAGGAAAAAAAAUGACUUAGCUGAGGGUCUAUCUCCACCUAGACGGGGUGGGCGUUUACCUGAGUCUGAUUAUUCCCUACCAAGGGAAAUCGGGAAGAAGCAUAUGUCCACAAAAGAAGAACGGAGAGCUGGGUUGUUUACAGGUCGGGAGAUGAAGGAAGAAAUUGACAGGAAGAAGAAAGAGGAGGCUUCAAGGUAAUGGCUUAUAUUCCAGAGUGACUAGAAACAUGAUUACAUUACUUUCUGGUCUUGUUGAACCUAGUUUAAGCCAAAUAUUUCAUUCACUUUCGUAUUUUUGCAUCACAGGCUACAUCAUAUAUAGUUGGAAUUUUUGCUCAAUGUCAUGAGGUGAUAUGUGUGUAUAGGUUUGCUGCAUUGGACCCAGGCUUGAGCGGAAGAGGUGCAGAACCUGUUUACCGUGAUAAGGAAGGUGAUAGAAAAUUGCCAUUCAGAACCCUCAUAUUGAUUUUCUGUUUUAACGUUCUCCUUUUCUGGCUCCCGUAGAAAGAGUAAAAUGACAAAAAGUCCCUUUUGGUGGUGUUGUUUUCUGAUAACAGGGAAGCGUAUAUCAAAAGAGGAAAUGUUGAAAUUGCAGAAGGGGGAAGAAAAGGCCAAGGUUCCUACCGGCCUUUUUUCUUUAAUUCUCAAAAAUCAUAUUUGCAGUUUUGCAUGGUUGCAUCUGUAGAGUUCUUUGAUUAAUAAGCAUGUCAAUCCCAUGGGAAACUGUAGCGAAAUUUGAAAAACUUUAUGCGGCUAUAAAGCAUGUCAGGUGUCCUAGUAGGAGUAGGAACAUGACUCAGUCCUGAAAUCCUUUAGUGAACAUCUAGGUCAUAAUUUGCUGGUAGAUGCCACUACCAUAUUUUUAUCAUCAUAAGUAUCAUAUAUACCUUCCUAGGUGCCAUAUUCAUAGUACUAACCAAGGAUGGUUGUAUUUUCUUCAGAAAAUGCUUAUGGAGGCAGCCUUGAUCAGUAUGUCACUAGCAUUGCUUUAAUACUGGAAUUCAGGUCAAAAUCUUGAUAAGGAGCAUUCUCGACAGAAAACAUUUGAAAGCAUUUCAUUGAACUUUCAAGACAAAGAAAACUGUUAUUAAAACGUUAUUUCUGUAUGAAGACCUUACCUAUAGAUGCACAAAUUUAAAGUAAUGCAUCCUUGUGAUUUUGGGAAAAUACCUGUGAAGCCAGGCGUACUAAAAUGAAAAUAAUAUUUUUGGUACAAACUCCUAGCUUUUUAACACGAAACUGAGAAAAGCAUAUCCUUGGGUGACUGGUCGCUUUGAGAAGAUGGAUCAUCUGAAUCCAUUAGAAGCUGCAUGAGAACAUUCAUAUCAGUUGAUUUUAGCUGUUGAAUUGGUUAUAUAAACAUGAGUCCAUUUAUUUGUAAACAAGGAAAAAUAUUAUCUAGGCGAGUGAAGAGAUAAACUGGGAAGAACCUUUUAUAAUACGUCAAAGUUCUUCAAAUAUGAUCACUAAAAAAAUUUAAGAAGACUUGGACUUCUGUAGAGAUGAUGUGGAAACAGUUUUUUAGUUGAUACACUUUAUUUUGUUACAUUCAUUGUCAGUCAUUCAAGGAUUUUCAAGUUUUUUGCUGUUUAGGAACCGAAUUUUGAUUAGCUGCAUUCAUCCAAUCUAGUCCUUGUCACAUGAAUGCGUCUGGCCUUUGAUGUUGCUUAGAGAUACCCCGUUUUUUACUUGUACCACCGUGUCACACAUGCCUUGAGUGUGUCUCCUUCAUUGUUGAGCCUGCCAUUAAUUUUAAGAUCUUUUCUAGCUCAAUUGAGAUCGUCUGUCAUUUUCGUUUUUGUAUCUGUUUGUCUUUUGCAAUGUUGAACUUGUUCGUAACUGACAGUUUCACACUGUUUCCUUCUUCUUUAGGAAAAGAAAUUGGAAUGGGGCAAAGGCUUGGCACAGAAACGGGAAGCUGAAUCUAGAAUAGCGGAGUUAGAACUUGAGAAGGAAAAGCCAUUUGCGAGAUCCAGGUAAGCGAUCCGUUAUCCCAUGAAACUCCUAGGCAAAUAUAUUCAUUUUGACGUUUUAUUUCUGUAGCUUUCUUGCAAAUCGUCAAAACGUUCUUGACCAAGAACACUGAUAGACUUUGAUAUUUUGUGCAAAUAAAGAGAGUAUUUGUGAAUGGUAUUUAAAUUCUUGAUGGCAGAGGCCUUAUGUGGAAAAAUAUGCUAAAAAGCUGGUAAUGGGUAGUGAAAUUGUGCGGUUCAAUAUAGCGAACUUUCAAGAGAAAUGCAAAAUUUUAAAAAUUGCAUAAGAGGCUCUACUUGAAGAGUGUGCCAUAGACAAUGUUAAGGUGAAAUUUUAUUUUUCAGCAGUUAAUGACAAGGGUGAAAACCGAAGAAAGAUUUUGAGAAGGGCACUCUGCUUUUUUCAUAAACGUAUUAUUAAAUCUCAUAUCUUGGAUGACACUGCCAUUCAGCUUCUUCACAACCGUCGGAGACCUGAUAGAGAAGUUGCCGAGGGCAGUUAGCAGAUGUGAUGAGGCAGCAGCAAUGACGAUUGAAAUUAUUUUCUAUUUAUCUUUCCUCUUGUCCUUCUUAUACUGCAAUAAUCCUGAAGGGCUUUUAUUGAAUGGCAUACUAAAUGUCCUGGAGUAUUGGGAAUUCAUUUUGAAUUCUGAAUUGGUAGCCCAGGUUUUAUGGGAAAGACGAUUGAAGGUAACCGCUGAGUGAAUAGUCAAUUGAUUUUAAAUGCUUGGCUCUUAGUGAAUAGUAGUCACAGAUUUCGUGAUGUAGAACAAAAUCGCAAGAGACAAGGAAGGGCACACAAAAUGGAAUUUAAACAUCUCAACUGGGUGAAACGUUGACAACCCGAAUUCGCUAGAUAUUCUCUGCACGGGAUGAUCCUUUGUUUUCGGGUAUUUUAAUUGUAUUUUCCUUUUUUUCUGGGAGAUGGCCUUUUCUAGUUAUUUACUUGGAAAAUUCUAUUUUUGAGGAUAUCUAGAACUAAUUCUGUACUAUUUAUAAACUUCAGAGAGUGUCUUUUGAGUCAAAUCAUUAUUUGAUCUCUUUACCUCCUUGUCAAUUCAAAGCUACGGUUUCCUCCUCCAUGUGGAUUCAAUGAACCUUUUGUGGAUUCAAGGGAGACUCUUUUUUGAUUCUUGUGGAUUCAAGAAUCAUCCCCUUCGUUUCUUAUGGAUUCAAAGAUCCAGUCUCUUUUCUUUGUGGAUUCAAAGUUCGAUUCCUUUCCAUUCAUUUGGCAUUCCUUGUGUUGUGAUGAAAGGAAGGGAACCAAUGAACUUAGUCCCUUUAGUGGAUGAUAAAUUUUUUGCAUUAUUGAAGGUAAGAUUUCCAAAGUAGAUUUGGCAUAAUUAUACGCAAAAAAUAUAUUAAAUUCUAUAUAUUUCUGGGAAAGUGUUUUUCUUCACAAAAAUAUGCUUAAUGAAAAUAAUUGGCUAAUAUUUUAUUUUUGAAAUUAAUACGUGAUCAAGAUCAUCAGCUCUCAAAUCGAAUCGUAUAAGAAUUAUUUUAAUUAGUUGAUCAGUCAUUGUAUAGUUUUGGAAAGAAAAGAAUGAAUGAUAAUUCCCAUAAGGGGUAUGUUUCUUCAUAAUAACUAUCACUUUUGGUGACAGAUUUGCUGCAUUUGACUACAUUCUGGAAAAGAUGCAUUUAACUAUGUCUUCGCAAAAAUCAUGCAAAACUAUGCUGUUUCCUUGUCAGAUAUAGAAACAUCGUUUAUCCUUUUUUGGAUUCAUAACAUUUUUUUUUCAUUGGAAACGAAAUCAGGUUAGUUAUUAAAGCGAUGGCUUCUUUUGGGAAAUUAUCUAGCAUAAUUUAGAUCAUUCUAUGUUUCGACAUUUGAAUAUGUGUGUAUAUGCAUCUAUUUGCCGGUAUGAAAUGAUCUACGAGAUUUUUCACUAUUAAUGGAGGAGGUGGCUGUUGAGUUCUAGGAAAAAAAGGUGUUACUUAGUACGAAAUGCAUACACACGUCUUAGCAAGUUAUUUAGCAUAAUAAUUCAGGAUUAUCAAAGAUACUGGGCAUGCUGUGCAGUUCGAUGGAUGUGUGGGCUCUUAUUUUAUUUAGAAUUGUGAUGCAUAAUUUUGAUGAAUUAACGUAUUGGGUGAAUAAAUCAAGUUGAAUGAAUGGCUACCUUCUCCGAAGCUUCUUCAUCUGUCAGGGGUCUUGGGUCUUGCUUAUAUCCAUACGUUGUGCAUGGACUGUAGGGACGACCCUGAACUCGAUAAAAUGCUGAGAGAGAGAACCAGGUGGGGUGAUCCGAUGGCACAUCUGGUCAAGGUAUUUCAUCUGCUUCGCUGGUCAGACUCUGAUCCUCUGCAGGUCUUCCGGACUGACGCUUCGAAUUUUCCUUCUUGGGCACAGAAAAAGCAGUCAGAAACUCUUCUGGAAGACCUUGGUGACGACGAGAGGAUGAAGGAGUCUGGGUUCAUAAUUCCGCAGACCAUUCCUAUCCACAGUUGGCUGAAAAGAGGGGUUGACCCUCCUGCUAAUCGUUAUGGCAUUCGGCCUGGACGCCAUUGGGAUGGCGUCGACCGUAGUAAUGGUUUGUUCUGCUCCCCCACCUCACCGAAAAGCUUUUCAUAUAUCCAAAUAUAUGCCUUGUCUUAUUUCCUCUGAUUAAUAAUUAAACCGGUCUCAAAUGCUUCAUAUUUAGUUGUUUGAACGGGAUAUUACUUUUCUUAGAAUUAUGAUUAUUUAUUUAUUUAUUUAUUUAUUUUCUGGUAGCAGUAUUAAUGUCUUACACUGCAUAUUUAAGUAUAAUAUGACUGGCCUUUAAGAUCGGCCUAUGCUAACAUUUCGUCAUGAUGCCAUUAAUGGUUUCUCGAGGCUCAUAGUGCCUGUCCAAGAUUGGGAUUCUCAGAUCAUUUUUGCAAAGUCAACUUUACCUAUUCUGGCCGGAUCAGGUCAAAUACAGCAGGAAUCGGUCCCAAUACAUCUGUUUGAUCUGUAGCUUGGCUGAGCCUUGCAUGCACGUUCAUUCAUUAUAUGGGUGUUCUUUUUGCAGGAUUUGAGAAGCAGAUGUUCAAACGUCAGAGCGAGAAGCGAGCCACUGAAACCGAGGCUUAUCUUUGGUCUGUCUCUGACAUGUAA